CUUUGUACAUGUAUAUCAGGGGUGAACACACUUUUUCAGCAUGCAAGUUACAGUUGACAUGAUCUAUCUCUUCCUAUAAAACAUAUAACAUAUUUAAAAUCUAACCGGUAACUUCGAAACCACUAUACUAAAUACUAAUGAUUAGUAUUUCACAUUCACAGUUUCAAAGUUUCCAGGUAAUCAAGGUAGGCGAUAUCAUUCAAUAAUUCACAAUUCAAUUUAAUAUGGCAAUAAAGAUAAUUUCACAUAAUUCCUCAAUAGUUGUGUACAUAACCUGAGUACCGGCAAUAUGCCAGUCAAAAUAAAUAUGCAGCGUUCAUUAGACACACAGGUCAUAUAUUAGUCCAGUUAGCAUUUGCUAUCAAUUACAGAUAUACAAGAAAUGAAAAUGAUUAUGCAAAAGACGAUUUAGCCGAAGAAAGGUUUCAGCAAUGGGCACAUUUUCCAAUUAAUCAUGAAAUAAUAGUAUAAGAAAUGGAAGUGUAGAAAUGUGUUUCUAUAGCCCUCUACAGUCCUGGACGCGAAGCAAAGCCAUCAAACAAUUCAACACAACUACAUCACUACAAGUGAACGGAUAACAUUUGUUAUAGAUACAGUAUAGGCAUGUUACUGCUGAGUUAGUUUACCCGUAAUCGGAGUAAUAAAGAUGCAAGUUGAAUUUCCAUGUGCCGCCGAUUGAGCCGUCUGUUCACCACUUAAUAUUUGCCGCAGGGGAGCAACAGCGAAUAAGGAGGGGAGCUUAAUGUCAGCUGACUGAUGUCACAUGACAUCUACAAAGUAACGACCUGUGAUCGACGUAAUGGGCACCCCUGGUCUAGGGCCUAACCGAUUGAGAAUAUGAUAUUUAGUCACAACACUAGUUCUGUGUUACGACAUUUAAUGGUUCUGAACGCUUGACUUUAAAUUAAUUAGAAAUGUAAUUUUGGUCCGUAAACACGAGUCUUGCUUGAGAACUAGUUACAGCGCGGCCCGGCGGAAGAUGCUACUUCAGACACACCUGCGUUAUAGUGAUCAUGUGAUGUUUUCUGUUGUCACCUGUGUGCUCUCUCACCUGUUUGACAGCUCGCACGGAGGAGAUGUGGUCCACCUGUGCACACCACUUGUCAUAGCAGUUGUACUCUCCACGAUCAGACAUGUCCCACAGGUACUGGCGACCUCGGAAGUUCUCAUGCUCGUAACCGAUCCAUCUAAAUGGGACAGCGAGGUCACGACCCUCAGAGGGGCUUCGCUCUCCGUACAGGUGCCCAAUGGGAACAUCAUGACUUUUGUUACUGUUCCACACCACAUUGGUUCAACUUACUGUGCUUGGGGAGCAGAUUGAGAGAGAUUGGACUUGCUGUGUGUGAGCUGAUGAAAGCAGGAAAUCCUCUGGAUGCUUCACUGUAUUUUGUCACUGGUGACAGUGGUGCACAUCCAAGCUGUCCAGAAGUUUGGGGACCUUUCUUGUGUUUUGGAGCAUUUUCCAGCAUAGCCCAGAGCAGGACAAACAGCAGGCCACCAACUCGGGACCCUCACUGAGCAAAGAGUCAGGUGUCGGGACAGGAGCGAGACGGCAAAGUUAAAUCUGGCGCAAAUGAAUCCAGACUCAAGACAGGAGUAAUCUUUACAGUGGAUAUUAAACACCAUUCCCCCAAGUUCAUGGUUUGAGUUAGGAUGCUUUGAUUCACCACCCGUGGACGUCUGACACGCUCCUGGCCAAACAUGAUGAAGUUGGGGUGUGUGCAUGUGUUUGCACUCAUGCUGUGUGUGUCAGCCACUGAUGACUUUGACUGGACCAAGAAUGACAAAACGCCUUUCUACUAUGGGACCUUCCCAACAGGCUUCUCCUGGGGGGCUGGCAGUUCUGCUUAUCAGACAGAGGGAGCGUGGAAUGUGGACGGUAAAGGCAUGAGCAUUUGGGAUGCAUUUACCCAUAAAAAAGGGAAAAUAUUCCAAAAUGAAACUGGCGACUCCUCUUGUGAUGGCUUCUACAAAUUCAAGGAUGACAUUAACUUAAUGAAGGAGAUGAAGUUGAAUCAUUAUCGUUUCUCCCUCUCCUGGCCGCGAAUUUUGCCAACUGGGCUGAAAGGUGAAUACAUCAAUGAAAAAGGAAUGAAAUAUUACAAUGAUCUUAUCAACAUGCUGCUGGACAAUAAGAUCACUCCCAUUGUUACUUUGUAUCACUGGGAUUUACCACAGGUCUUACAGGAGAAAUAUGGCGGCUGGCAGAAUGUCAGCAUGGUCAACCACUUCAAUGACUUUGCCAACUUGUGCUUUGAAAGAUUUGGGAACCGAGUAAAGUAUUGGAUUACUUUCAACAAUCCCUGGUCCAUUGCUGUGGAGGGAUAUGAAACAGGUAAACAUGCACCGGGUUUGAGGAUGAAAGGAACAGGAGCUUAUACAGCUGCACACAACAUCAUAAAGGCGCAUGCCAAAGUUUGGCACACAUAUGACAUGCAGUGGAGGAGCAAGCAGAAAGGUCUAGUUGGGAUCUCCCUGACAGCUGACUGGGGUGAGCCAGUGGACAUCAGCAACCAGAGAGACAUUGAAGCAGCAGAUCGAUACAUCCAGUUCUAUUUGGGAUGGUUUGCCACACCCAUCUUCAAUGGCGACUACCCUCAGAUUAUGAAGGAUUACAUUGGCAGGAAAAGUGGCCAGCAGGGCCUCGGAGCUUCCCGGUUGCCUGUCUUUUCAGUGCAGGAGAAGAGUUACAUCAAGGGUACCUGUGACUUCCUAGGCCUCGGCCACUUCACGACCCGCUAUGUCACUCAUAAAAAUUACCCAUCAAGCAUUGGGGACAGCUACUUUGCAGAUCGGGACCUCGCUGAGCUGGUUGACCCACGGUGGCCCGACCCUGGCUCUGAGUGGCUGUAUUCUGUGCCCUGGGGCUUCAGACGCUUGCUGAACUUUGUCAAGGCUCAAUAUGCAAACCCAAUGAUCUACGUGACGGAAAACGGAGUAUCGGAGAAGAUUCUGUGCACUGACCUCUGUGACGACUGGAGGAUGCAGUACUUCAAAGACUACACCAAUGAGCUGCUUAAAGCUAUAAAGGAUGGUGUGAACGUGAAGGGCUACACCGCCUGGUCGCUCCUCGAUAACUUUGAGUGGGAUGAAGGCUACUCGGAGAGAUUUGGACUCUACUAUGUGGACUUCAAGAGCAAAAAUAAACCACGCUACCCAAAGGCUUCGGUUCAGUACUAUAAAUGCAUCAUAAGCUCCAAUGGCUUUCCAAAUCAAAGAGAGGUGGAGAGUUGGAAGAGGACAGCUAGAGAGACAUGUUCUUCUAGUAACCAGCUCCUGGCAGCAGCUAGAAGAAAAUCCCAGGGAGGUCAGGAACAUUCAGGAAUGCAAAAGACUUGGCCAGUUCAUGAUGAAGUUUAGAUCCGCUGAUAGGCCACAUGGAGAUGGUCACAGAGAUUGUAGUUCCCACCGUGUGCACACUGUGCAUCAUCCUCAGUGCGGUGUUCCUUAUGUUCCUGCUGCGAAGACGCUUCUGAGAGUUACACACUGAGAUGUUCUCUUUUCACCCAACCAAUUCCCUUGUAGAAAUAAAUCUGCCAAUGACUCACAAGCAUCCUGUCAACACCAAGUGUUUCCUACCCUGCAGUAUGCUUGAAUGGACUGAAGUGAACACAUUGGUCCUGUGUGAGUUUGGAGAUGCUAACCUUUCAGACUGCUGACAACUGAAGAGAUACUACAUUGUUGAUCAUUUUGAAAAUAUAAAACAUAA